AUGGCCCUUACCACCUCUCCUUUGCUGUUCACCACUGAGGUCCCCAGUUCUGAGAACAGCAGCUCUUUCUAUGACUACGAGUACUACCUGGACGAUGUGGCCUUCAUGCUGUGCAGAAAGGAUGAGGUGCUGUCCUUCAGCAAAGUCUUCCUGCCAAUAUUCUACAGUUUGAUCUUUGUGCUGGGCCUGACUGGGAACCUCCUUCUCCUCAUAGUCUUGCUCCGGUACGUGCCUCGCAGACGGAUGACUGAGGUGUAUCUUCUAAAUCUGGCCAUCUCCAACCUCCUGUUCGUGGUGACACUACCAUUCUGGGGCAUCUCCAUCGCCUGGCAUUGGGUCUUUGGGAACUUCCUGUGUAAGGCUGUGAGCGUCCUCUAUACCAUUAACUUCUACAGCGGCAUCUUCUUCAUCAGCUGCAUGAGCCUGGACAAAUACCUGGAGAUUGUUCAUGCUCAGCCCCACCACAAACUAAGGACCAGGGCCAAGAGCCUCCUUCUUGCUGCAAUAGUGUGGACUGUGGCUAUCAUGGUCUCUAUCCCGGAUAUGGUCUUUGUGCGCACACAUGAAAACCCUGUGGGUGUGUGGAACUGCUAUGCUGAUUUUGGAGGGCACGGGACCACCUGGAAACUCUUCCUUCGCUUUCAGCAGAACUUCUUGGGGUUUCUCUUUCCACUCCUUGCCAUGGCUUUCUUCUACUCCAGAAUUGGCUGUGUGCUGGUCAAGUUGAGGCCUCCUGGCCAGGGCCGGGCUCUAAGGAUAGCUGUGGCACUGGUAGUGGCCUUUUUUGUGCUCUGGUUCCCGUAUAAUCUCACUUUGUUUUUGCACUCAUUGCUGGAUCUGCAGGUCUUCGGGGAUUGCAUGGUCAGCCAGAACUUAGACUAUGCACUGCAGGUGACCGAGAGCAUUGCCUUUCUGCACUGUUGCUUCACCCCUGUCCUCUAUGCUUUCUCCAGUUCCCGCUUUCGUCAGUACCUCAAGGUUUUCCUGGCCACUAUACUCAAAUGGCACCAGACCCCCUGUCCUGCCCAGGCCUCACCAUCCAACUGUUCUGAGACGAGCAACAUCACUGCCCAAGAAGAAAUGACCAGCAUGAAUGACUUAGGGGAGAGACAGGUAGAGGGUUGUCUUCACAAAGGGGGUGUGGAGAAAGAUGAAACCAGCGUAGCAGUCUGUUGAGGACAAUGGGGCCCAGAUAUCUCCUAGGGGAUCUAUGACUAGGUAGGUGGCUAAACCCAGUAGUCUGCUCUCAGUUGUUGACAUCAGUAGCAUUCAUUCUCUCUUGCCAUCUUCCUUUCCUUUGCAUUGCCUUGAAGGACCUCAUAUGCUCUUGUUAGAACUGCUCCCAUAGCUUUCCAGAUGACUUCCGUAUUUCCUAUUAUCUAAUCUGCACCUGGUCACGUGGGCACAGUGGUCCAGAUGCAUUUAGCCAUCACUCCCAGGUCCCUUACUGUAGCAGGAGGUUCUU